CUGAAAGACUUGAAAAAUUGUCGACCAGUGAAUGGAGAUCCGGGAGAAGAUCGCUUAGAGAUGGAUUUGAUGUGGUCGGAUCCAAGCGAUGAUCAUGAAGGCUGUCGGCCGAGUGAGCGUGGUGGAAAUGCAUUCACUUUUGGUCCGGAUGUUGUGGAAGAAGUUUUGGACAAAUUGGACAUACGAGCUCAUCAAGUGGUUCGUAACGGCUAUGAAUUUCAUGCGGGUCGAAAUGUGUGA